CUCAUUCCUUCUGUCCUCAACUUAGUUUGCAUGCCCAACUGCACCUAGCUCACUGCUUCUUCUUCUCUCUAAGCUUACCACGUACUCCACCCAUCCUUGGCGUCCAUCACAUGAUCAUAUAUAUAUAUCGAUCCACUAACUAGCUUGUGAUUCAGCUUGACAGAUUGAUCUGAUCAUACCAUGGGCGAGGAAGUAGUUAACAAGGUGGAGGAGCCUAAGGUAGAAGCAGAGCCGAAGAAGGAAGAAUCCCCUGCUGCACCACCAGCCGAGGAAGAGAAAAAGAAAGAGGAAGCACCACCGGCCGACGCUCCUCCAUCCCCUCCACCCCCGGUGAUCCUCGGCGUGGAGGUGCACUGCACCGGCUGCGCGAAGCGUAUGAGGCGCUCCCUCCUCCGCUGCAAAGGCGUCGAGACUGUCCACGUCGACAUGGCUUCCAACCAGAUCACCGUCAAGGGCGUCGCCGUCGACCCGGACGCGCUGUGCCAGCGCCUCCGCAGAAAGACCAAGCGCGAAGCCACCGUCAUCUCGCCGCUACCACCUCCUCCCGCACCACCUGCCGAAGAGGCGGCCCCGCCUCCGCCACCGCCCGCGGAGGACCCAGUUCGCACGGUGGAGCUCGAGGUGAACAUGCACUGCGACGCCUGCGCACAGCAGCUGCAGAGAAAGAUGUUGAAGAUGAAAGGGGUGCAGACUGCCGAGACCGACCUGGCCGCUGGCAGGCUCACGGUCACCGGCACCGUGGAGGGUGAGCAGAUCGUCGAGUACAUCCACCACCGCACAGGCAAGCUCGCCGCCGUCGUGCCACCUCCACCGCCUCCGGAGCCACCGAAGGAGGAAGCCGCGCCGCCAGCCGAGGCCGAGCAGAAGCCGGCAGACGAUGGCGGCAAGAAAGAAGAGGACGAGAAGAAGCCGGCAGCUGAAGCAGAGCAGGCGGCCGGGGAGGAGAAGAAGGAAGCUGCCGACGAGAAACCGGGGAAGCAAGAAGGUGAGGAGCGCGUGGCGGUGGAUGGCUUCCCGCCGGAGGAGAUGAUGAAGCGGAUGGUCUACUGGCCCUACGGCGGCUCACACUACAGCUACAAGCUGCCGCCUGCCGAUGCGGAGGAGGCCAUGAUGGCCAGGAGGAUGGCCAUGCACGCCAUGCCGCCUCCGCCGCCGCCGCCCCCGCCGCACCACCACCAUCCCUAUGCCAUAAUGCACCACCAAUGGAUGCCUCCUCCGCCGCCACCUCCCCCGGCACCGAUGUACUACGGCAGCAGCUACAUGAUGGAGCGGCCGCCGCAGAUGUUCAGUGACGAGAACCCCAACUCGUGUGUCAUCUCCUAGCCUGCUUGCAUCCAUCCGUCAUGGAGAUGAACUUGUUUGGAUUGGACCAUAAUCAUCAUAUAUAUAUUUGCAUACUCCAUUACUACUACGUACUUUGUAAGCUGUAGUAGUAGUACUAGCUAAGAAAUUAAAUGGCAUUGGUCAGACGUACAAGAUCGAUGAGGAGGUAUAUAUACACCAGUUAGAAAAUCAAUGGAUCGCCCUUUUUUUAA